CCAAUAAGCUCAACUUCUCACCUUGUGCAACUUGCUCUCUUCUUGUCCCACUAGUUUCUACUUCCCAAAAUAUAGGGUGCAAUUUGUUCUCACAUUUGUUUCAUGACAUUGACAUAAAUUUGUUGAAUUUCAUCCAUAUAUUUCAAGUGAAAAGUAGAACUUUUCUCUGUUAUUUAUAGAAUCAAUUUAAAUUGGGCAACCCAACAUGAAGAAUUGCAAGUUGUCACUGCUUGUUUUCUGCAUUUCAUUCUUUUGCUUCUUAUUAAUGUCCACCCAAGCCAGAUGGCAUAACCAUACAAAACACAAGCACUCUCACAAGCAAUCCAACAUUUCACAACCUCCUUCCUCCUCACCUGAGCCUGCUAGUCCUCCCGAAGAGCCGCCUACCAAUCCGCACCAUUCCUCCGGUGCUUUCGAUGUAAGAUCAUUUGGUGCUGUUGGAGAUGGCCAAACUGAUGACACCGCGGCGUUUAAGAUGGCAUGGGACACAGCCUGCCAAAGUGAUGAAUCUGCUGCAAGGAUCCUUGUUCCCCAAGGUUUCUCAUUCAUGAUACAAUCUACAAUAUUCACUGGUCCCUGCCUUGGGGGCUUGGUGUUACAGGUUGAUGGAACUCUAGUACCACCUGAUGGACCAGAGUCCUGGCCAAAGAACAUCAGCAGGCACCAAUGGCUGGUCUUUUACCGAGUCAAUGAGAUGUCACUGCAAGGCGGCGGUGUAAUUGAUGGGAGAGGAGAGAAAUGGUGGAAUCUUCCCUGCAAACCCCAUAGGGGGAUAAAUGGAACCACAUUGCCAGGGCCAUGCGAUAGCCCAAUUGCCCUGAGGUUCUUCAUGAGCUCCAACUUGACAGUUCAAGGACUUAGAAUUAAGAAUAGUCCCAAAUUCCACUUCAGAUUUGAUAAUUGUAAGAAUGUGCAUAUAGAAUCCAUUUCUAUAUCCGCCCCUGCAAAAAGUCCGAAUACAGAUGGGAUUCACAUAGAGAACACAAAUGAUGUCCAAAUUUAUAACUCAGUCAUUUCUAAUGGUGAUGAUUGUAUAUCAAUUGGAUCAGGCUGUUAUGAUGUAGACAUACGGAACAUCACUUGUGGACCUGGUCACGGAAUCAGCAUUGGGAGUCUCGGAAAUCACAAUUCGCGGGCAUGCGUCUCUAACAUUACAGUUAGGGACUCGAUAAUCAAAGGGACGGAUAAUGGAGUUAGGAUCAAGACAUGGCAGGGCGGGUCUGGAUCGGUAUCUGCAGUAACAUUCAGUAAUAUUCACAUGGAUAAUGUUAGAAACCCUAUUAUGAUUGACCAAUACUAUUGCCUUACCAAAGGGUGCACAAACCAAACUUCAGCAGUGUUCGUAUCUGACAUACUCUAUUCAAACAUAAAGGGGACUUAUGACGUUCGGAGUUCACCAAUGCAUUUUGCCUGCAGUGAUGCUCUCCCAUGCACUAACUUGACACUCUCAGAAGUUGAGCUCCUUCCUGCGGUAGGAGACAAGGUAUCCGACCCGUAUUGUUGGAAUGCUUAUGGAGAGCUGCAGACGCUGACAAUUCCACCAGUCUCUUGCUUGUUGGAUGGUGUUCCUCGAUCCCUACUGGACAAGUACGUUGAGCGUUGCUGAUUAACUGGUCUGAUUUGUAAACUUAUCCACGUUUGUAAAAAAUUAGUAGAGGGAUCAUUAUGUGAGUAUAGAGGAGUUGUUUUAUGUGCUCCUAUAAAAAAAAUUAUGAAGUAUGUUCCUUUUCUUUCUUCCUCAUCUUGAUGUCCUAUAUAUGUAUUGUCUUUUCUUCUAA